AUGAGUCGUGGACCCUACAGCGAGGAGGAGGCCAAGCUCAAGGAGGAUUUUGUGCCCAAAGUCCUCCCCCGUUACCUGCGCCCGCUGGAAAGCGGUGGUCGAUCCAUUGACCCAGCACUUUGCCAUACCGAUCUAUGGCCUGGUAACGUCAAAUAUCGACUCGACAACGAAUCGCCCCUGGUAUUUGACGUCAAUGCUCUGUGGGCGCACAGCGAGCUUGAACUCGGCCUUUUCCGUAACCCUAGAUACCUGCUGGAUAGAGUGAACGCAGAGGAGAAGGAAAGGAAAGUUGCUCAAGACGGCAAGAAGAGCUUCGAGGUAAAGAUUGAAAGUGUCACGGAUGAUCUCAAGGUCCUAGCUACUUAG